AUGACUGUGUCUGACAAUGGCUCUAAUGUUGGGGUAUAUUUUACCUCAGGGUUACUGUCUCAAAGCAGGUGCUUGCUGAAGAUUUACCCAGAUCACUACUACCUGGAAGUGGUUAUUAUAUCCUGGUACAGACCUUCAAGGAGGAAGCAGCAGGACGAUAUGGAGCAUCAGCUGAACACAGAUGGACCAAAUACAGAUGGACCAAGAAGCCUAGCCCUCAGUGGGGAGGAGCCAAGUCCAGCCCAGCAGGCACCUCCCAAUGCCAUGCAGGCCUCUCGGAAUGAAGAUGGGGACCCCAAGACCAGCUCUCAGGCUGCUGAAGAACCCUCCUCUGAUUGUUACAUAGAGUGUGUUAUAAGAGGUGAGUUUACUGAACGCAUCAAGGAAGAGGACAUAAUUCUUAAGUCCUUCAAGUACCGGAAAAGGGGAUCAGAGCAAGCACUUUCUGAACAGGUUCCUACGACAAGCUCAGUUCCUGAGUGUUCCUUGCCAUGCACGACACAAGGAGCAAAACAAGAAUUUUCUCAACAGAUUGUUGGAGAGAAAUCAUCUGUUGAAUAUGCUGAGCCCAUGACAGGCAAGAAGCCUCCUCCUGAAGCAACACCCAGUGCUAACAACGUGUGUGAAACUAACAGAGAUCUUCAACAGCUUGUGGAAUUUGCUAGAACUAAUGCAAGAGAAAUUGAGGAAAAUGCUCCAGAAAAAAUCGUUUGUCCUUAUCGUGAAUGCGCGAAGCCGCUGAAGACCAGAGAUGCCCUGAGAAAGCAUGUCCUCCUGGUCCACGGUCCCCGAAACCACGUGUGUGCAGAAUGCGGGAAAGCGUUUGCCGAGAAGUCAAAACUAAAGAGACAUUUCAUGGUGCACACGGGAGAGAGGCCUUUCCAGUGCACUUUUAAAGGGUGCGGGAAACGCUUUUCCCUGGCCUACAAUUUGCGCACACACGUGCGCGUCCACACUGGAGAGAAGAGUUUCGUGUGCGCCUUCGAAGGCUGUCAGAAGUGCUUUGCGCAGUCAAGUAACCUGAAAAGUCACCUCUUAACUCACAGCAAGCCAAAAAUGAGUGAUGAGGAAGAAGAUAGAAAGUAA